AUGCAGAUCUCCAGACUUGAGGAGCUACUUCCGGUACCAAACUUUGAACAGGUACUGAAAUUAGAGACAAAGGAAUGGAAACCUGGGUCCAUUCGGUGAUAAUAUCUGAUUUCGUUCUAACACGGUAUUCCUCACUGUUAGGCUGCUUCCGUGCUCAGGUUUGUCCCCUAUGUUCUAGAGGAAUGUGUUGAGUCCUCGUCUCACCCUCAGCAGCUUGAAACCCUGCUUCAGUACCACAGAGACCUCAGCCAGGUGGACAACCAUGGUAGGCAUCUCUCACAGGACCCAUGUAGAUGUUGGCUUAUCUUCUGUAGGGUACAUUGACAUUUAUUCACUAUUUAAAUAUGUCUUAAAUUUGUACGCUUCUCUUCCCUUUCUAGAUACUCUGACUUCUUUCGAUGGGGACUGCAUCCUCUCAGCUCUCGGUCUCCAUCCUGUGGGAAGGGUGGUGAUUGCAACAGAACAGACAAACAACAAUGAGGACAUGGAGGUUCAUGCCGUUAAUGAAGAAGAGACUGGUGUGGUGAUUGGACCAGUAGAAUGA